AUGACUUCCCUAACCACCGUGGCCAUCGUAUGGUUUGGCCUGACAGUGUCUGAACAGAUCGUCUACAACCUCUUCUUUUCACCUCUGUCGAAGAUUCCGGGCCCCUUCAUCGCCAAGAUCACCACCAAGUGGUUGACAUUCAUAGAUCUAGCUGGGCAUCGAACUACGGUGUUGCAUGAGCUACAUCAACGUUAUGGCACCGCCGUGCGAAUAGCACCAAAUGAGAUCUCGUUCUCGGAUUGCGGGUCCAUCAAGGAUAUCUACGGCCAGCAAACUGCGUUUAUGAAAGCACCAAUCUACGACACCAUGAGCGUGCCACCAUUCGGCAUCUUCAGUAUGCGCAAUCGAGCAGAUCAUUCGCAGAGACGGAGACUUCUUAGUCAUGCCUUUGCUCAAUCAUCCCUUUAUGAGUCCGAGCCUCUGAUCGAAGACAAUGUGCGGGCAUUGAUCUCGCGUCUUGACAACGAACUAGAAAUGCCCGUGGAUGUUAUGUCUCUAUUCAGGCUGCUGGCUUUCGAUAUCGUUGGAGACUUGUUUCUUGGACAAGCAUUCGGAGGCCUAGCUUCAAAAGACCCACCACAGUUCCUUCACGAUAUGGACCUUCAUUUCAUGUGUUGCGCAAUAGAGGCAAAUUCCCCGUUGUUGUAUGCAGUGCUUUCACGCUUGCCUAUCCCUCAGCUCAGGCAUUUCUUUCAAUCACGAGAAAGGCUUGGCGUGUACGGGCAAAAAGCAUUAAGUUCCUAUUUAUCUAAACAUGGUCGAGAAUCUGACAGGAAAGACCUGCUGAAGAAGGUGGUCUCGUUAAAAACAGAGACUGGCACUCCGCCGCUUACAGACAAGGAAACCUACACAGAGAUUGGGAAUCUUGUGGCAGCUGGAACUGAUACCACCAGCAUGACUCUUACGUAUAUGUUCUGGCAGCUUGGGAAGAACCCUGAUUGGCAAGAGCAACUGCGGAAGGAGCUGCGAACGCACCUCAGCAAUGAACACGGAGUCAUACCAUCAUACAAUAAUGUGAAUCAACUUCCUAUUCUCAAUGCUACUAUACAUGAGGCACUCCGACUCCAUCCAGCCGCCCCCGCCAGUCUUCCACGGGAGACACCGAAAGGUGGAAAAAUGCUCAAUGGAUAUUUCAUUCCAGAAAAAACCAUUGUCUCGAUGCAAUGCUACACAACACAUCGUGACCCAGACACCUUUCCGAAUCCUAACAAUUUUGAUCCAACCCGAUGGUUAGAUCAGGAGUCAGAAGAUAUGAAAGACCUAUUCAUGCCAUUCUCGAAAGGACCGAGAGCAUGUCUAGGCAAGAACCUUGCCAUGAUGGAACUGAAGCUGACUACGGCUGUACUGGUCAAAGACUACAAGGUGAAAUUGGCUGCCUCCUGCACCGAUGACAGUAUGGCUAUGACCGAUCACUUCUUGAUCAUUCCAAAAGGUGGCAAAUGUGAGUUACUUUUUUCCGCUGCAAAGUGCAAGGCGAGUUAG